AUGUCAUCGUCGGCCUCGUCCUCGUCCUACCUCGGGCGGCCGACCUAUUUCCUCAUGGCCCUCGUCCUCCUACUCACUGUCCUUUGCGUCACCUUCCCCGCCUACCUGCGCAACCCGGCGGACGCCAUCGGCUGCUUCACCGGUGGAAUCGCACCACCGGCGGCAUCGGAAGCCGCUGACGAGGAGCAGGAUCGCCGCCGGCCGGAGCUCAGCAUCCUAGUCGGCGUGCACACGAUGGCCAAGAAGCACUCCCGGCGGCACCUCAUCCGCAUGGCGUACGCGCUGCAGCAGACGCCCGCGCUCCGCGGCGCCGCGCGGGUGGACGUCCGGUUCGCGCUCUGCGCGCGGCCGAUGACGGCCGAGCAGCGCGCGUUCGUGGCGCUCGAGAGCCAGGCCUACGGCGACGUGCUGCUCUUCAACUGCACCGAGAGCGCGGAGGGGGGCAAGACGUACGACUACUUCGCCGGCCUACCGGCGAUGAUGCUCGGCGGCGGCGGCAGUGGCGGGGACUUGGACGUCCGGCCGUACGACUACGUGAUGAAGGUGGACGACGACACGUACCUACGGCUGGACGAGCUGGUGGAGACGCUGCGGCGGGCGCCGAGGGGGGACAUGUACUACGGCGUGGGCCUGCCGUUCAUGAACAGGAAGUCGCCGCCGUUCAUGCUCGGCAUGGGCUACGUUCUGUCCUGGGACCUCGUCCAGUGGAUCGCCACCUCCGACAUGGUCAGAAGCGAGGCCAAAGGUGUAGAAGAUGUGACCACGGGGAACUGGCUAAACAUGGGCAACAAGGCAAAGAACAGGGUGAACAUCUUCCCCAGGAUGUAUGACUACAAGAGUGCCCAGGCCAAGGAUUUCUUGGAGGACACCAUUGGUGUGCAUCAGCUCAAGGAGGACAUCAGGUGGGCACACACAUUGGAGCACUUCAACGCCACCCAGUUGGAUCCCUCCAGCAAGCUUCAAGAACCUACAGCCUUUUAGGGAG